AUGUACCUGAUGUGUAGUGCUUACAGUUUCCAGCAGAACUCGAUCGACGCGCUCGUAUUUUGGUGCAGUUUCAUUUAUUCUGUUUGUGAUCAGCUGGUUGAACUACAAAAAAUAACUAGUUCCCCCUGGAGACGAUUUUUUUUUUGUCAAAAUAGUGGGAUAACUUUUGACAGUCUCGAAAAAAGAACACGCCGCGCUGCAGUCAAGUUUGUCACACGUACGCUGUAAGGGUUUGGGUUGCUUAUAAAACAGAAGACGAGAAAGGCGGGGGCACUACUUCAAUAGAAUGAGGUUUCUGAUUUUCGCGCCGCUUCUGACGGCUCUCGUCUCCUGUCAGGUCAACAACGGCUUCGUCUCGGGCGACCUGCCCAACGUCGUGCUCAGCGGCGAACCUCGCGUCAUCGCUAGACGCAUUCUUCGAGGAGAAGUCGUGAGUUCCGUUUCCAGAAGCUAAUAGUUCGAAGCUAACAUUGGGGAAAAAAUCAAAAAAAGAAAAAUACAAAUUUCCUUCUAGUUUACUGACGCUAAUCUUUCUUGAUAAACUGCAAUUCUGAUGAAAUUAUAGUCGCAAGUUAAGUAUGGCGGAUAUUGUUUCCUAAAAGAAGAGAAAGAUUAUUAAAAACAAAUUCAAAUGGUGACGUGACGCAAUUCUCUUUAAAGCUUUUGUUUUUUUUUUCAUUUUGACCCAUUUGUCAAAAAGAUUGGAGAAUGUAUUUAUUAGUUUCAACAAAUUUAUUUUGCAUCUUUCAAGUCCUUCUUAUGAGUCCCGUACAGCUUGAAUUAUAUUAUUGAGAACCUCGAAACUUUUAGCAGACUGAGGGAAUUUUUACAGACGGUUGUCCGAGAAUGUUAGCUUUUUUAACCUCGAAUAAACGAAGAAAAUGAAAAUGCAAGGAUCUUUUUCAAGCUUUUUUUUUAACUUUGAACGAAUUGAUCAACAACAAAAGUUGUUUUUUUCUCUGUCGCGCGUUUUCGCCUCGAAAAUGAACAGUGUAAGCUUUUGCGCAACUGCAUUUUACGCCGCAGAACAAAGAAGUCAUGUGACAUACCGUCGCCAGACGUUUUUGACAUUUCAUCCUUUGCAGGGUCAAGUCCAACAGGACGUCGUCUCGAGGGAGCCGCAGCACGUCCGCAUCAACGUCCAGGAGAGCGGAGGCGUUCCGCAAGGCGGCGCCGGCAGCGAGUAUCAACAAGGACCUUCAGGACAGCCCUCCGGCAUUCCAGUCGUCGUUUACAGGUUUUAAUUCCCGUCGUUCAGUCUGAAAGGUCCUGAUAGUAAACUGUUUAUUGAGAGCAACGGUUAGAAAACGCCUUUGCCAAAGGAGCAGUACAACUUCAAUUUUCCAUGAACUACGAGUUAUUUUUUUAUCGAGAGUCAACUUCUGAAAAAAGACAUCUUUAGAAUAAUAUACAUGAAUUCAAGGAAUUUUUCUUUUGAAGCGCCGUUUUUCCGUCUCAUUAUCUUCCAUCUUGAACCAGUUUCAGUGAUAAAUUCAUUUAUUAAGACGGAUACUCCGACCGGCAAGACUUCAGUUCAAUGGAAAACCGAUCGUAACAGACCAGUGGCAAGGCGAUAACGAUCAAGCCGAGCAACAGGUUCAAGAUUCUCUGACUACUAUGGAAUACAGUAUAUCUUUUUCAGUCUUUCUUCGAAUUGGACCGGAGCAAGUACACGCCUUUGUUCGAAUCAGAAAAAAGUCCUCUUGGACGGCAUUAA